AUGGAAUAUGGAAUCCAUAUAACGCCCUAUUUUGGAACAUAUGAUAUCAAUCUUUCUUUACAGCAUCCUGUUUCCAAGGUUUUGCAUCAUCGACACUUGACUUAUCAGAUAUUCAAUCACAGACUUCAAUCCUUUCGGAGGAAACAAUUGACAGUGGCAAAUAGAAACAUCACUUUGAUUAAAGACUUGGACAAUAUGAAGGAUGAUUACAAACUAAAAGUUUCUAUCAUCCGGCUACGGAGAUCACUUUCAAAUGUUAACCCCACUAUUGUCAAAUCAAUUGAAAUGAAAUUCAUGGAUGAAAUGUGUACUAAAAUCCGAGCAAGUGUCUAUCCAGGAGAUUUUCAAAGGUUUGAGUCCAAACUGAAAGAAGAUCAAGUUGAUUACAUGCGAUCCCCCACUAUCGCUCCUAACAUAUACAUAACUUGCAUGGAAGAACAACUAAUUAUCUGUGCCACAACUACCUCUAAUGACUCAAUUGAUGUUAUUGGUGAAGUUGUUUCAUUAGGAAGGCUUGAUUCCCGUGAUGUUAGCAAAUCUCGACGUAGACUACCUUUACAAAUAAGAACCAUAGAAGGUUUACAGGUUAACGUCACAUUGUUUGGAGAUAUUGCAUACCAAUUGAUUUCUUAUCUUGAAGCUCAUAAACAAGUUGACCGUGUUAUUGUUCUUUUGCAGUUUUCACGAUUUAAUUUCUAUAACAGAAUACCUUCUGUUAACAGUUAUUUUGAACAAACACGGAUGUUCAUAAAUGUUGAUCUUCUCGAUAUUGUUACUUUAACAGAUAGCUUGGUUGGAUUACGAGGACUUCAAAACCCUUCUUCUUUGACUCUUGAUAGCUCUCAAUCAUAUUCUGAAUAUGAUGACUUUUUGAAUAAUCACAAUGUUAAAAAUGUUGUCAAUUUGUUAGAACCACAAGAAGUUGAGAAAUUUAUCAUUGUCGGGACCAUUUAUUUUAUUCGCCAAGAUAUUGAUUGGUAUUAUGAUGCGUGUACAAACUGUGGAAAGAAAAUUGAUCUAAGAAAUGUGUUCAGUGGUCCAGAUAGUCCAGAUAGUGGUGAUGCAAGUGUGGUUGUUGAAUGUUAUAAUGAUAAGUGUAUAAAUAAGGAGAUAUCUUCUGUUCCAAGGUAUAAAAUACCUCUUCGUGUCCAAGAUGAUUCUAGAACAAUCACACUAACUCUCUUUGAUAGAGAUGCUUAUAAACUCAUCAAAAAAGGCGCAAGUGAUCUCAUAGAGAAAACCAAACAGGAUGGGGUUAAUCCAAGAUUGUAUCCUUUUGACCUAGAGAAUAAAAAGAUGGUUUUCAAAGUAGAUGUUAAUAGUUUAAACGUUUCCAAUAACUACAAUCGGUUUGGGAUACUUGGCUAUACGCUUGAUAGUAACGUUAUCGAUGCUUUGGAAAAAAGGUUAGUUGUUGUGGCAGGUAAUUCUGCAAAUGUUGAUGAUAUAGAAAUCGCAUCUCACGAAACGAAGUCGUUAAAGGAUGCAAUCUCACAAAUAGGUGAUAAUUUGACCCCUUCCAUGCCUGACAAAUUUGAAGUUACAAGUCCGUUCAAGUUUAAUUCGCCACUUGUGGUAGCUCAAUUGAAUUCGACGGUGGAUGGCCACACAAGUCUAUUAAUACCAAAGCUCGAAAAUAUUGCUCAUCAUGGUGUUCACUAUUCCAACAUUGAUAGUCAUUGGUUUAUUUUCACUGCUAUUCUCUAUCUUAAGUAA